UGUGUCAAAGUAAUAUAAAUAAAGCAGCUGCACUAGCCUUCUCACACGUGCAAUUUUUAAUUUGUGUUUGCUUUAGGCGAGUGGGAGUAAAAGUUUGAUUUACCAAACACAGUGUAAAUCAUUUUUACGUGUUUUUUGUUGUCUAUAUUAUGCAAUAAAAUCUCGCGCAUUUCAGUUGUGAUAAACAGUCCAGGGAAAAUGUUGACCACUCGCUUGUACGGCGCAAUGUUUGUGAAACAGUUUUUUAAUACAACGUUACGGCAAACCGUACGAAAUAGUUCGACAAUCUUUGGCCUAUCUUCAGGAUUCGGGAAGUGUGGCGUAGCAGUAAUAAGAGUGUCCGGCUCAGCCUCACGUGCCAUUGUCGACAAAAAAACUCGAUUAAAAUCGUUUCCGGAACCGAGGCGAGCCGUACUGACAAAAAUAUUCCACGGUCAAACGAACGCAAUGAUAGAUCGAGGUCUUUUGUUAUGGUUCCCAGGCCCUCAAAGCUUUACCGGCGAGGACACGAUUGAGUUUCACGUCCACGGAGGCACGGCCAUAGUGUCCGCCAUGUACGACAGCUUAGCCACAUUUCCCGACACCAGAAUAGCGGAACCGGGCGAGUUUACCAAACGUGCGUUCUACGCCGGGAAGAUGGAUCUUACCGAAGUGGAAGGUCUGGCGGAUUUGAUCCACGCCGAAACGGAAGCGCAGCGGAAGCAAGCACUACGGCAAGCAAAUGGGCAGCUGUCGUGCUUUUACAACGAUCUGCGCACUCAGCUCGUCCAGGCUAUCGCCAGCAUCGAAGCGUACAUAGACUUUGCCGAAGAUCAGGACGUCGAUGACAAUGUGCUGAGCGUAGCCUUGCAGAACAUUGAAGGCGCAAUCGGACAGCUGAAAGCCCAUCUGGACGACAAUAGGCGCGGAGAGCGGCUCCGGAACGGUGUGCGAACGGCCAUCGUUGGUGCGCCCAAUGUGGGCAAAAGUAGCCUGAUCAAUCUGCUCAGCCAGCGCAACGUGUCGAUCGUAACGAGCAUCGCCGGCACGACAAGGGACAUCGUGGAGUCGCACUACGACAUUGGCGGUUAUCCAGUGAUACUGGGCGACACUGCCGGGCUGCGGCAGGGCACGGAAGAUGUGGUAGAAAGUGAAGGCAUUGCACGUGCUCGUGCGUAUGUGGAAAGUGCCGAUCUGUGGCUGUUGGUGGUGGACGCUUCACGUGUCGAAACGGUCGACCGAUUGGAUACUUACCUGCGGGAGUACAUGGAAACGCUUGGCCUUGACGCGGAUAUGAUGUCCCGCGCGCUGAUAGUGUUGAACAAAUGUGACUUACUGACCAGUGGUACAUGGGAACGGUUGUCAGCGCAUAACAAUAGCUUUAGUUUUCUGUCCUGCCAAACGCAGUCCGGUUUGCCGGAGCUUCUCGAGCGCCUUAAAACACGCCUGGUGCAGCUGUGCGGUGAUCCGUCGGUCGAAAGUCCAACCAUCAGCCAGGAGCGACACCGCUACCAUCUGAAGCAGUGUUUGGCGUGCCUGGAGCAGUUCCGAGACUAUUUCCACGAAACUGGUGCACCGAACCGGGAUCUGGCGAUCGUUACGCAUCACCUGCGGAAUGCGGUGCGUUGCAUCGGCAAGAUUACGGGCACGGUGGAGACGGAGGAAAUACUUGACGUCAUAUUUAGCACGUUUUGCAUCGGGAAAUAAAGUGAAGCAAAAAAAAAAAAAA